AUGUACGGCAUUGAGCUCGAGGUGAUACUUUCGGUGACAACAACAGCCACAGCCCUCCACCAAGUAGACUUCCGCUUCCCGGGCCUCACACCAAUAUCCUAUACCCUCUGGGUAACCUCCAUCAUCCUCCUACUCAUACUACACGACGACGCAGAACUCGCAGGCCUCUCCAGCAUCUCCAAUACUUUCACCUCCGUAACCCAAACUGCUUCCCUCGCCCUCGCCGCCGGCUCCCACGAGUCGCCAUGGACCGCAACAGUCCACAUCCUAUGGUGGAUCCCCUUCUCGCCCUCGCCCUCGCAACAAUCCUCAUCCUCACCUUCAACUUCGUCAAAGGCCACCCGCUAG